AUGGUAGCUGAUGCACUAAGCCGUAAGGCUGUAUCUAAUUUGAGAGCAAUGUUUGCUCGUCUCAGUUUGUUUGAUGAUGAUAGCUUAUUGGCUGAGCUACAAGUUAGACUGACGUGGACUGAACAGAUUAAGGGUAAACAGUUGUUGGAUGAGUCACUGGUUCCUCGUUUCCGACAGGUUGAGAGUAGGGAAACUUCAGAUUCUGGGUUGAAUAGUGAAAGAGUACUGUUCUUCCGUGGGAGAGUGUGUGUACCGAGGGAUAACGAUUUGAGGCAGUCUAUACUACUAGAGGUGCAUAGUAGUCCUUUCGCUAUGCAUCCCGGCAUGAAUAAAAUGCACCAAGAUCUUCGUGAGUUAUGCUGGUGGACAAGACUGAAACGUGAAGUAACAGAUUUUGUGGGUAAGUGUUUAAUUUUUCAGCAAGUGAAGGCUGAACAUCAGUUAUCUCCAGGGUUACUAUAG